UCAAAAGCACAAACCAUUUGUGUCAUCAAUUAAAUUAUUAUUGUUACUAAUUUAUUUGAAAAAAAAAAAAAUGGCGGCACAAUUCAUAAUUAUGCCAAUAGUGUUUUUAAUUGUCUUUUUAAUUGUGUUUGGAAUUGGUUUGUGGGGAAUACGAAGGCAACAAUUACAACAAAAAGCUCUUCUAGAACAAGGGUAUCAGAUAACUUUAGUAAAUGUUAACGGACGAGAAGGUUAUAUUGCGACACCACCUCAGCAACAUGUUAUAACAGUACAACAACAGCCAGCGCCGUAUGUAGUAGAUGCCCCACCAUCGUAUAAUGUUUCGAGUAAUCCGAAUAAUGCACCUGUACAUUAUCCGAAUAACGCACCGCCAAUAUAUUAUAGUGCAACGCCAAAUCAACCAAAAUAUUAAGUUAUUAUAUUGAUCAUUAAAAGAACCCUGCAGAAACUAAAUGGUUAAAGGCCUCCCUUAUUAAAAUUGGCUGAAAAUUU